AACCCCACAGACACCCCCCACCCCUCACUGGAAUCCCCAAAUUCUGCCGCGACCCCAAAACUCGGCACACCCCAAACCCCCCCCAACUUUGCAGGGGUGACCCCCCCCUACCCCCCAAAUUUUAUUGCACCCCCAAAAUCCCAACGUUAAUCCUCUUCUUCCUCCUCCUCCUCCUCCUCCUCUUCCUCCUCCUCCCCCCGCCCUAAAUCCGCCUUCCCACGGGCAGCCGGAGCCAGGUGGAAAAACAGGCCCGGAAAAAAAAAAAAAGGGGGAAAAAAGGGAAAAAAGAGGCGAAAAGAAGAAAAAAAGGGACUGGAAAAAAAAAAAAUAAUAAAGGAAGAGGAUAAAAGAAUAGGGAGGUCAAAAAAGUGAAAAAGAAAAUAAAAAGAAAAGGGGAAAAGGAAGACGAGAGAAGCGAAAGAGGAGCGCGGAGGAAUUAAAAAAGGAAAAGAAAAAAAAAGAGGAUUAAAGAGGAAAACAGAAGGAAAACAGGAGGGAAAAGCGGGAGAGAAAAAAAAGAAGAAGAAAGAAAAGGAAAAGGGAAUAAAGGAGGAGAGAAGAAGGAAAAGAAGCAGGAAAAAAGGAGUUUCCAGAGGGCCCAAGCCCCGGUUGUGGUGGAUUUAGGGGCUCAGAAGAUUCCUGGCUGAGGUUUGGGAUGCGGCUGCUCCCGGACAGAGCCGGAACAUUCCCGGGAGCCUGAUCGGAGCCGGAGCAGCGCCGGAGGGUCCCAUGGAGCAGGAGGGGAACCCCCGGCCCCCCCGGGAGGCUGCGGGUGGGGACGGAAUUCCCGAUGUUUGGGACGGAAUUCCCGGUACCGGGGACACAAUUCCCAAUGUUGGGGAUGCAAUUCCCAGUACUGGUGAUGGAAUUCCCGGUACAGGUGAUGAAAUUCCCGGUACUGGUGACACGAUUCCCAGUACUGGUGACACAAUUCCUGGUACUGUUGAUGGAAUUCCCAAUGUUGGGGACAUAACUCCCGGUACUGGUGACACGAUUCCCAGUACUUGUGACACAAUUCCCAGUACUGGUGAUGGAAUUCCCAAUGUUGGUGACACAAUUCCCGGUACUGAUGACACAAUUCCCGGUACAGGUGACAGAAUUCCUGGUACUGGUGAUGGAAUUCCCAAUGUUGGUGACACAAUUCCCGGUACCAGUGAUGGAAUUCCCAGUACCAGUGAUGCAAUUCCCGGUACCAGUGACGGAAUUCCUGGUACCUGUGACAUAAUUCCCGGUACUGAUGACGGAAUUCCCAGGACUGGUGAUGGAAUUCCCAAUGUUGGUGACACAAUUCCUGGUACUGGUGACAUAAUUCCCAGUACUGGAGAUGGAAUUCCCAGUACCGGUGACACAAUUCCCAGUGUUGGUGACACAAUUCCCGGUACCGGUGACACAAUUCCUGGUGCCAGUGACACAAUUCCCGGUGUUGGUGACAUAAUUCCCGGUACCGGUGACACAAUUCCCAGUGCCGGUGACACAAUUCCCAGUGUUGGUGACAGAAUUCCCGGUACCGGUGACUCAAUUCCCAGUACCGGUGACACAAUUCCCGGUACCGGUGACACAAUUCCCAAUGUUGGUGACACAAUUCCCGGUACUGGUGACACAAUUCCCGGUGCCGGUGACACAAUUCCCGGUACCGCUGACACAAUUCCCGGUGCAGGGCACAGAACCCCCGGUGCCGGCCGGCACAGCCCCGCUCCAGCCGGUCCAUCCGGGCAGCGGGAAGGGGGUUCCAGCCCCGAGGGACCCCCGGGGGGCUCCCCCGAGGAGCAGCCCCGGCAGGACGGGGGGUCCCCGGUGGCCGCCGCCCCCCGGUCCCCCCGUUCCCCCCGUUCCCGGGAUUUCUACUGCGUCAAGUGGAUCCGCUGGAAGGGGCAGCGCACGCCGGUGGUGACGCAGAGCGAGAACGGGCCCUGCCCGCUCCUGGCCAUCAUCAACGUCCUCCUCCUGCAGUGGAAGGUGAAGCUGCCCCCGCAGAAGGAGGUGAUCACGGCCGAGGAGCUGAUGGCACAUUUGGGGAAUUGCAUCCUGGCCACCCAGCCCCGGGACACCUCGGAGGGGCUGCAGCUGAACUUCCAGCAGAACAUCAGCGACACCAUGACGGUCCUGCCGAAGCUCUCCACGGGGCUGGACGUCAACGUGAGGUUCACGGGGGUCUCAGAUUUCGAGUACACCCCUGAGUGCAUCGUCUUCGACCUCCUCAACAUCCCACUCUACCACGGCUGGCUGGUGGACCCCCAGAGCCCGGAGCAGGUCCAGGCCGUGGGCAAGCUCAGCUACAACCAGCUGGUGGAGAAGAUCAUCACCUGCAAACACGCCAGCGACUCCAGCCUGGUGAGCCAAGGGCUGGUGGCCGAGCAGUUCCUGGAGUCCACGGCCUCGCAGCUGACCUUCCACGGGCUGUGCGAGCUCACGGCCCGCGCCCGCGAGGGCGAGCUCGGCGUCUUCUUCCGCAACAACCACUUCAGCACCAUGAUCAAGCACAAGGGCCACCUGUACCUGCUGGUGACGGACCAGGGCUUCCUGCAGGAGGAGGGGGUGGUGUGGGAGAGCCUGCACAGCGUGGAUGGGGACAGCUGCUUCUGCGACGCCGAGUUCCACCUCAGCCACCCCCUGGGCAAGGAGGGGACCACCGCCACCCCCCUGGACCACCGGCUGCAGCAGAGACAAGUGGACCAGGAUUACAUGGUGGCCCUGUCCCUGCAGCAGGGGCUGGACACCCCCUCCGUGCUCAGCGACCUGGAGCUGGCACGGCAGCUGCAGCACGAGGAGUACCAGCAGCACCAUCCUCAUCCUCAUCCUCACCCUGCUGCUCCCCAGCUGCUCCCAGCACAGGCGGGCGGGCGUCCGGCCGGAGAGCGGCGGCAGCGACAGAGGCCGGAUUUGGACUGCACCCUCCUGUAGCCCCUCGUGCCCGUGGGGUGCCCGUGGGGUCCCCGUGCCCACAGCCCCCCGAGUCCCCGCUCUGCGUCCCCCACGGAGAUCCUGGGGGGUCCCUGUGGGCUGGAGUGGACACACGGGUGAGGGGUGACGUUCUGAGGCCACCCCCAGGACCACCCCAAACUUCCCAGUGGCCUUAACACAGGGGGGUCCCACUCAGGGGGAACCCUCACACCUCAGUCCGUGCUCUGAGACACGGGUGGACGUGCGGACGGGGGGGACACGUGCACCCCCCUGCUCAAAACGUGGCCUUAGCCCUUGGCAAGUAAAGGACUUGUCCCCCUGCA